GCGAUGUCGGGUCGGUGUCUGAUCGGGUGCGGGGCGCCUCCCGCGCGGUAUGCGGGCCUGCAACAUACCUACCGCUCAGUUGCGUCUCGACAUUUGCAAGCAGUAAUUUUGUCGACGUAAUUUAAAAUAUUCGUUGCGCCAUGGCCGUGGUUGAACGAGAUAUUCACUACAGAAUUACUAAAGAAAUAGAGAAAUAUCCCUUGCUGUAUAAUUACAAUUUGCCGGAAUAUUCAAACAAGAUGUUAAAUCAAAAAGCAUGGGAUGAAAUUGCCAUGACUCUGAAUCGAACUGUUCACGAUUGCAAAGAAAAAUGGAGGAAUAUACGGUCGUCAUUUAUUAGAAGUCAAAAAUCCCAAAAAGCUACAUCUGGAUAUGAAUGGAAACAUAACGUAUGGAAACCAAAGAAACGGUACUACCUAGCCGAUGAUUUAGCAUUUAUAUUACCAUACCUGAAACCUCAAUUAGGUUUAGGUCCUGACACAGAAUACGCACCAGGUAGUGAAGAUGAUGUAUCCCAGGAAUUAGAAGAGGCUAAUGAAUCAACGCAAGCUAAAAAUGAGGCAGGAGAUACUAGUGAUGACGAAAAUGAUGAAGUUUAUGAUGCUAAUGUUGAAGGUCCCACACCGCGCAUUUUUGCUGAACCAAUUGCAGCUAGUCAUCAUUCGAAUCGUGCUAGAAAACGACUUAUAACAGAGGUUGAUAAGACGUAUAUCGAGUGCAUGACAGAUAAGCAAUCUAGAAAUGAAACUGCUGAAACAACAGCUACACACCCAAUGCAGUAUUUCUUCCUUAGCUUGUUGGGAGAAUUUGACACUAUGACUGAAAGUCAAAUGAGACAAUUUAAAAUAAGGGUUUUACAGACUAUUGACGAAAUUAAAGCCAAUCGAGGGCCGGUGGUAUCGUCACCUAUCAGGGUAUCGAAUUCACCUGAACCAUCUCAAUCGUCUGCUAUAAAAUCCGAGAAGUAAUGUAUCGUGAUAUAUCCAUCCAACUCAGAAUAUUCAUUCAACAAAGCAUAGGUAGACGAUAAAUAGAAAAACGAAGAAUCGGGCUUGUUUGUGUAUGAGCGCGAAAUUGUUUGAUUGCAAAUAAUAAAAGCUUAAAUACGGGA